UUAUGUUAUUUUAUCAAAAUGUUUCUAAUUGCAGCAACAGAAAUGAGGUUCCUCAUGUUUCUCUUAAAUUAUUAGGCUUAUCAAUUAAAUUAAAGGAGGAGAACACACAAAGAAUACAGAACUGUAAUGAGACGGAUUUCACUGAGACACUUCAAAACUUAGGAAAUGAACAAGACGCACAGUUUUGGAAGAACUGGGAUUGUAGAAAAAAUCUGAAAGAUUUAUGAAGAUGAAGAACGCUACCAUCACUGUCUCAGAAUUUAUACUUCAAUGUGCCAUUGAAUCAAACCAGAAGACCAUUAUGAUUUCUGCUCUUGCAUUCAUCUACUUCAUAUCCAUGUUUGGAAAUCUACUGGUGAUCUUGGUAAUAAUCCUGAACCCUCAACUCCAUGCUCCAAUGUACAUUUACAUCGGCACCUUGGCGGUGAUAGACCUAGCAAACGGCUCAAUUCUCAUCCCAAAGAUGCUGUCUGUCCUUCUGCUCAGCUCUUCAGUGGUGCCUUAUGCUGCCUGUGUGUUGCAGAUAUUUCUUUUACUUCAUGUUGAGGAAAUGGAAUCCCUUCUCUUAACAUUGAUGGCCUUUGAUCGCUACAUAGCUGUUGUUUAUCCUUUGCAGUACCCUUUAGCCAUUACUAAUAAAAAAGUUGUCAUUAGUCUCUUAGUGUUAAAUAUUUUUGCAAUAUGUUUCAAAUUGCAUAUCCCUAUUUUUACUUCAGAGCUAUCAUUUUGUCAUACUAAUAUCCUUCCUUUCUGUUUUUGUGAUUAUGCUACCCUGGUCCAUGUGUCAUGUACUGACGAUCCCAAAUACUUAAUACCCCUGAUUACUGGUGCAGUUGUCUAUGCUGUCUCCCCACUGGUUUUAAUUCUCUUAUCUUACAGUCGGAUUGCUAUUGAAGCCCUGAGGGUUAAUUCAGCAGGUGGGAAAAGUAAGGUCUUCAGCACUUGUGUGACCCACCUGCUUGUGGUCGGACUUUUUUAUCUUCCACUUGCAAUGUUUUAUAUAUUGCCAGGAGCGGGAGUCACGUUUACAAGAGAAACUUACAAUGUGAUAUUUAUUCUUGGAAAUGCAGUGCCGUCUAUGUUGAACCCAAUUAUCUACAGUUUUAGGAAUCAAGAAAUAAAUAAAAGCAUUCACAAACUCUUUAUUAGGAGAAGAUCAACUCCUAUAAGGAGGAAAUAAAAUAUUUACUUCAUCUUGUGUAGAGAUUCAGUAAACUUAGUGAUAAACUGAUAGUAGUGUAGCUUAUCACAAACUGAUACUUAAACUCUUAAACUCUCAAAGAGUACUUUAUCAAUACUAAGUCCAGGCAGUGUUUCACUGAUUCAAUAAAAAAGUUAAAUAAAAUGUUGUUAUAUUUGAAAGGAAACUGGUAACUUAGACACUGCAAGGUCUGAAUGAGACCACAUCAUGAGUAUUGACUGUUGCUCUCUGUCCAAGCUUCCUGAGCUACUCUUUGAUUUUUCUAACAUCAUUUGGCUAAAGGACACGUCUUCUCUAAGAAGAAAACAAGGAAACCUGAUUCUGAAAAAGAAUUUAGCAGAAUGUCUUAAAUUAGAUAGCGAUUAAUAGCAUUUAACCCAAGGAUCCUGCUGGAAAUUUAGGAGAAGUGCAUUUCAGUAGCAAUCCGGAAAGAGUUGUGGAAAUAUGAAAAGACCUGCAAAGUUAUGUAGCUGCAGUGGAGAGCAUAAGAAAUUUCAAAAUGUAUUUGGCAUUAGAUUUCCAA